AUGUCGGCUGAAAACGCCGCGGUGCCGGCAGAGGCCGGGCCGGAGAUGCAGAGCGUGGUGAGCCGCGUGGCCAACCUGGCCCUGGUGAGCUGCGCCUGCGGGGCCGUGGCCUCGGCGUACGGGCGCACCAAGGAGAGCCACCCCUGCGUGCGCUCCGUGUGCGACGCUGCCGAGAAGGGGGUGAGGACUCUGACAGCAGCAGCAGCGAGCGGGGCCCAGCCCCUCCUCACCCGGCUGGAGCCACAGAUUUCCACCGCCAACAAAUUCGCCUGCAAAGGGCUGGACAAGCUGGAGGAGAAGCUGCCCAUCCUGCAGCAGCCCCCCGAGAGGGUGGUGGCCGGGACCAGGGAGCUGCUGUCGUGCACGGUGGGCGGGGUGGUGGCGAGGACGCGCUCGGCGCUCGGGGCCGUGGUGGGCACGCGUGUGGGGCGGCUGCUGGCCACGGGUGUGGACACUGUGCUGGGAAAAUCGGAGCAGCUGCUGGAUCGGUACCUCCCCGCGACGGACGAGGAGCUGGGUGAGUGCUCAUCAUCUCCCAAAUCUCGGGGUGCCCAGCCCUCCUGGGACCCUCACCCUGCUGUUGGUCAGUGCUGCCUUGGUAUUGCCAAGUCAUGGUGGCCCCACCGUGGUGCCAGAGCACUGAGGCCACCAGCGGAGGCGGCAGCCACGGAGGUGGCCACAGGCACAGAGGAGAACAGGGACACGGAGGCGACCACGGGCACGGAAGCGACCACGGGCACAGAGGAGACCACGGGCACGGAGGAGACCACGGGCACGGAGGAGACCACGGGCACGGAGGCGACCACGGGCACGGAGGAGACCACGGGCACGGAGGUGACCAGGGGCACGGAGGUGACCAGGGGCACGGAGGUGGCCGUGAAGGACCGGCAGAGGCGGUGGCAGAGCUACUUUGUCCGUGUGGGCUCCCUGUCAGCCCGGCUGCCACACCGGGCCCUGCGGCGCUCGCUGGGGGACCUGCAGCGGGCACGGCUCCGUGCCCAGCGGCUCCUGGCCCAGCUCCACCACGUCAUCCGGCUGAUCGAGGAGGGGCAGCGGGGCACGGACGGGCCCUGGCACAGCACCCGGGAGCACCUGCACGGCCUGUGGCUGGAGUGGAGCCAGCAGGAUGAGGUGCCCAUGGAGGACAGCGAGGUGGAGGCUCGGACUCUGGCCAUGCUCCAGGGACUCCUGCACCAGCUCCACGCCGCCUGCUCCCACCUGGCCGCCGGCGCCCGGGCAUUCCCCAGCAGCGUGCAGGAGACAGCGGGACACGUCCGGCACGGCGUGGAGGGCGUCCAGGCUUCCCUGGCCAGCGCCCGCUCCUUCCAGGACCUGUCGGGGCUGGUGCUGGCGCAGAGCCGGGACGCGGUGACGCGGGCACAGCUGAGCCUCGAGGGGCUGCUGGAGCACGUGGGGCAGCACACGCCCCUGCCCUGGCUCGUGGGACCCUUCGCCCCCGCGCUCGUGGAGUACCCGGAGGAUGUCCCCGUGGAUAUGUCCAAGUGGGAGGGCUGUGUCACCGUGGGGGGGACGCACCAGGUGCCCGCUGCCCCCCAAGUCUGCCAGCACUGAGCCAGUGAGCUGGGGGAGCACCCACCCGGAGCCAAGACCCCAAAUCCCACCGGGAAUGAGGGGAUGAUAGACUUGGUGACUCAGCGUGGGACCCCAGUGUCGCUGUGGGGGUGGUGGCACUCACUCACAACGUGAGUCUGGGAUCCAGGGCUGCCCUGAGCCCCAGCAGCACUGGGAUUUUGUGUCUUAACAGCUUCAAAACAGUUUAAAUAGGA